CCUUGGCUGGGCUCUCCACCUUGUCCAGAUUCCAGAGGAAGCUUCGGAUUUGUCGCGAAUUUAGGGUUUUGCAAGACUUGGAAUUCCGAAGCAUAAUAAUGUCUUCGUCAUAUCUCCCAGCAACAACAGAGUCACUUAUGGAGGCUACAGAAGCCAAAGACUCAUCUGAGGCCAUUUCUAUCCUUUAUCGCAUACUUGAUAACCCGUCAUCUUCUUCAGAAGCCCUCCGCAUAAAAGAACUGGCUCUGUCAAAAUUGACAGACCUUCUCAAACAAGAGAACAGGGCUCUGGAUCUCCAAAGCCUUCUUACCCAAUUGAGGCCCUUCUUUGCAUUGAUCCCGAAGGCGAAAACUGCAAAGAUUGUUCGGGGAAUAAUUGAUGCAGUAGCUGAAAUACCUGGAACAUCUGAUCUUCAAAUAUCCCUUUGUGAAGAAACAGUGCAAUGGACCCGUGCUGAGAAGCGUACAUUCCUGAGACAGCGGGUGGAGGCCAAGCUUGCCGGUCUUUUGACGGACAAGGGGGACUAUGAGAAAGCAUUGAGGCUUCUUUCUGGUCUUAUCAAGGAAGUGAGGAAAUUAGAUGAUAAGCUUCUUCUAGUCGAUAUAGAACUUCUAGAGAGUAAGCUUCAUUUUUCGUUGAAAAAUCAGCCCAAGGCUAAAGCUGCAUUAACAGCUGCAAGGACAGCUGCAAAUGCCAUCUAUGUGCCUCCAGCUCAACAGGGAACCAUAGAUUUGCAGAGUGGUAUUCUCCAUGCUGAAGAGAAGGACUAUAAGACUGCUUACAGCUACUUCUUUGAAGCAUUUGAAGCCUUCAAUGCCCUUGGAGAUUCCCGGGCAGUCUUCAGUCUCAAGUACAUGUUAUUGUGCAAGAUCAUGGUGAAUCAGGCUGAUGAUGUGGCAGGGAUAAUAUCUUCCAAAGCGGGUCUGCAGUAUUUGGGACCAGAACUGGAUGCCAUGAAAGCUGUGGCUGAUGCUUAUUCAAAACGCUCCUUAAAAUUCUUUGAGACUGCACUCCGUGAUUAUAAAGCUCAAUUAGAGGAAGACCCAAUUGUCCACAGACACCUCUCUUCAUUAUAUGAUACACUCUUGGAGCAAAAUCUCUCUAGGUUGAUUGAACCUUUCUCUAGGGUUGAGAUUUCUCAUGUUGCUGAGCUGAUUGAGCUGCCAGUUGAUCAUGUAGAGAAGAAGUUGUCUCAGAUGAUUCUGGACAAGAAGUUUGCUGGGACUUUGGAUCAGGGUGCUGGUUGCCUCAUUAUUUUUGAUGAUCCCAAGCCUGAUGCGAUCUUCCCGGCAACAUUGGAAACCAUUUCCAACAUUGGCAAGGUUGUGGACAGCCUCUAUGUGAGGUCUGCCAAGAUAAUGGCGUAGGAUUUUGAUUUUGAAGUCAUUUGGUAUGCUUGCGAUCCUGUUGCAAUUUCUUUACGUUCUGAUCUUGAUGACAUGCCAGGUGAAGUAUUUUGAUUUGAUCUCCAAGAAUUUGAAAUGAAUUGUUUUUACAUUCCUGUUGGAAAA